AUGGAGACGGGCAAUGGAGGAGAGCAACAACAGACGGGCAAUGGAGGAGAGCAACAACAGACGGGCAAUGGAGGAGAGCAACAACAGACGGGCAAUGGAGGAGAGCAACAACAGACGGGCAAUGGAGGAGAGCAACAACAGACGGGCAAUGGAGGAGAGCAACAACAGACGGGCAAUGGAGGAGAGCAACAACAGACGGGCAGUGGAGGAGAGCAACAACAGAUGGGCAGUGGAGGAGAGCAACAACAGACGGGCAAUGGAGGAGAGCAACAACAGACGGGCAAUGGAGGAGAGCAACAACAGACGGGCAAUGGAGGAGAGCAACAACAGACGGGCAAUGGAGGAGAGCAACAACAGACGGGCAAUGGAGGAGAGCAACAACAGACGGGCAAUGGAGGAGAGCAACAACAGACGGGCAAUGGAGGAGAGCAACAACAGACGGGCAAUGGAGGAGAGCAACAACAGACGGGCAAUGGAGGAGAGCAACAACAGACGGGCAAUGGAGGAGAGCAACAACAGACGGGCAAUGGAGGAGAGCAACAACAGAUGGGCAAUGGAGGAGAGCAACAACAGACGGGCAAUGGAGGAGAGCAACAACAGACGGGCAAUGGAGGAGAGCAACAACAGACGGUAGUGAAGUCAGUAGUGAACUCAGGAGUGAAGUUAGUAGUGAAGUCGGUAGUGAACUCAGGAGUGACGUCAAGCGUGAACUCAGUAGUGAAGUCAGGAGUGAGCUAG